CUGCUGUUAGACAGCCUGAAAACGGACCUCUUCUUCCUGCUUCUUUAUUAUUUUACCUCCUCCAAACUUGUAACAAAUGCGAAACCUGUUACACACCUCUCUUCAUGAGGUGUGCAUUUUCCUGUUUUAAUUCGUCGAAAUGCUUGCUAGUCACAGUCUGUCUGUAAUCUAGUUUAGCUAGCUAAGUUCUUUUUUAGUUCUUCUAGCAGAGCUGACUAGCUGCUCGCUAGUUAACAUUAGUUAAAUGAGUAAAAUAGGUGGGUGGACAAAAAAUGUAGGUGCUCUUAUGAGCGGUUAUUAUAAUCUUUAACAGUUUGCCGGCUAGCAUUACUUUUGCUGUAGGUUAGCAAAGCCAACUAGCGUGCUAGAUAUCACGGAACAGAAAGUCGUUCAGCUGAAUAAAGCAAAUCCUGUUGAAACAUGUCAAGCUGUUGUCUCCUACAGAUGUUUAUUUGAUCCGGGGAAUGAGGCAGAAGAAGUAGAAUAAAAUAAGAAAGAUGGCUGUCCUGCAUCUUUUCUUUUUUUGGGGUCUGCUUUCUUUGGCCUCUUGUGUGCCACCUAUCUGGUCCCAGCCUGAGCAGGUGCACAUUUCCUAUCCAGGUGUGGAGGGUUCAAUGUUGAUCACUUGGACAACCUUUGACUACACAGAGAGUGUGGUGGAAUAUGGACUGUGGGGUGAGAAGCUCUUCAGUCGUACUGCUAAGGGAAACUCCACUCUGUUUAUUGAUGCAGGCUCAGAGAAGCGCAAAAUGUACAUUCACAGAGUCACAGUGCCAGAACUCAGACCUGGGGCUAAAUAUGUCUACCACUGUGGUAGUGAGGAGGGCUGGAGUGAUAUUCUCUUCUUUACUGCUCUGAAUGAUAGCACAAGUUUUAGCCCUAGAUUUGCUCUCUUUGGUGACAUGGGCAAUGAAAACCCUCAAUCACUGGCCAGACUUCAGAAAGAGACACAGGCCGGGAUGUAUGAUGUCAUCCUGCACAUUGGAGACUUUGCUUAUGAUAUGCAUGAGGACAAUGGCAGGAUUGGGGAUGAGUUCAUGAGACAGAUUGAGUCCAUUGCUGCCUAUGUGCCGUAUAUGACCUCUCCUGGUAAUCAUGAGUGGGCCUACAAUUUCUCACACUACAAGAGCCGUUUCAGUAUGCCAGGGGAAACUGAGAGCCUGUGGUACAGCUGGAAUAUUGGGUCAGCACACAUCAUCUCUUUCUCUACUGAAGUCUACUUCUACCUUGAAUAUGGUCUAGGUCUCCUCUUCAAACAGUAUGAAUGGCUGCAGAAGGACCUGGAGGAAGCAAACAAACCAGAGAACAGAGCUGCAAGACCCUGGAUAAUCACCAUGGCACACAGACCCAUGUACUGCUCUAAUGAUGAUCAAGAUGACUGCACCAAGUUUGAAAGCUAUGUACGCCAUGGACGCAGUGACAUAAAGCCGCCAGCCCCUGGCCUGGAGGACUUAUUCUAUCAGCAUGGAGUGGAUCUGGAGCUUUGGGCACAUGAACAUACCUAUGAGAGACUAUGGCCUGUGUAUAAUUACAAGGUGUUUAAUGGGAGUGUUGAUAAGCCAUACGUGAAUCCUAAAGCACCCGUGCAUAUCAUUACUGGCUCAGCUGGGUGUCGAGAAAAACACGAUGGGUUUAUCCCCAAGCCUCGAGACUGGAGUGCCUUCAGAAGUACUGAUUAUGGCUACACACGUAUGCACCUCAUCAACUCAACACACAUCUACCUGGAGCAGGUCUCUGAUGACCAGUCUGGAAAAAUUAUAGACAGCUUCACACUAAUAAAGGAAGUUCAUGGACCCGAGGCCUGGAUCUGAAGACUCCAGCGGCUCUGAGAAAAAACGUUCCAGAUCCAUCAAAUUUUAAGGGUAUCUCCUGUGCACAGCCCGCUUCAGGUAGCUCCACAGAUUUUUUUUAUUGGAUUCUGGUCUGGGCCCUGCUUUCGUUCAUUGUCAUGCUGAAAGGUGAAAUCCUUUUUCAUCUUCAGCUUUCUAGCAGACACCUGAAUGUUUUGAACUAAAAUCAACUGGUAUUUGUAGCUAUUAAUGACUUCCUCCACCUUGAUAAAUGCCCCAGUUAUAUCUGAAGAAAAGCAGCCCUAAACCAUGAUGUUGCCACCUCCGUGCUUCAAUGUGGUUAUGGUGUUCUUUUGGUGAUGUGCUUUUUUGCACCAAACAAACCUUUCAGAUUUAUGGUAUUAUUAUACCUUUUGGAAUUGGUGAUUUAGUUGAGCUUGGAUGUUUGUUUUUUUGAGGCAGGGCUUCUGUCUAUCCACCCUACUCCAUAGCCCAGACAUGUGAAGAAUAUGAGAAAUUCUUGUCACUUGAACAGAGUAAUCAGUACUUGUCGGAUGUUCUUGCAGCUCCUUUAAUGUUGCCAUAGGUCUCUUGGCAGCCUCCCUGGUAAGAAUUUGUCUUUUCUUGUCUUCUCCUUUUGUAAAUUUUGGAGGGAUGUCCUGUUUUUGCUGAUUCACUUUGGUGCUCCAUUUUCUCUAUUUGUUGAUGAUGGCCUUCACAGUUUUCCAAAGUACAUUUAAUGUUAUGGAAAUUAUUUUAUACCCCUGGAGGAAACUCCUGAAGCAGAGGAAGCGCACACAAAAGUGCACAGGGUGGAGGCUGGAACCAACCCCCAACUCUGGAGGUGUGAGGCAAAUGUGCUAACCACUAAGCCACCUUGUCCCCCUUAUUUGGAUGUCCUCAGAAUUCUUUACUGCUUAAUUCAUAAGUAUUCACCCUUUCAGUGUGAAUUGUCCUUUUGCAGCAAUUACAGGCUUCAGUUGUCUCUGGUGUGUCUAUAUGAGCUUUACACAUUUUGAUCAAAGUCUGAUCUUCACAACACAUGUUUGUGGAAGUGUAUCAUGGCACAAACAAAAGAGAUUUCUGAGGACUUCAGAUAAAAAGUUUUGAUGCUCAGCAGGCUGGAAAAGUUUACAAAACCAUCUCUAAAGGGUUUGGACUCCACUAAUCCACAGUCAGACAGAUUGUUUAAAAAUGGAGGAAAUUCAAGACCAUUGUUACCCUCCCAAGGAGUGGUUGACCAACAAAGAUCACUCCAAGACCAAGGCAUGUAAAAGUCUGCGAGGUCACAAAGGAAUCAGGGUAACUCCUAAGCAACUAAAGUCCUCUCUCACAUUGGCUGUUAAUGCUCAUGAGUCCACCAUCAAUAGAACACUGAACAACAGCGGUGUGAAUGGUAGGGUUGCAAGGAGAAAGCCACUGCUAUUUUCCACUUUGUUAUAACGGAUUUCACAGUGCUUCUAAGAAGUUUCAAAGCUUUGCCUAUGUUUUAAUAUCUUUCUCCUUCUUUUUUCCUCUUAAUGACUUCAUCUCAAAGCUGUACCGGCAGUUCCUUGGUCUACAUGACAGCAGGACUGAUCUGAUCUUUUAUUUUAGCUGUGAGAAACCCCAAAUUCAGAGAUAUUUAUUUUGCAAGCAUCCUUUUUUUAUUUGGGGGGGUCACUUGGAGCAAAUUGGAUCUUGGUGGUGACUAUAAAAGUUUCUUUCUUUUCUUAAUGUGUUGUUUAUCUGUUAAAGAGGAACUUAAGCUUGCUAAAGACUGUAAACAACAUAGUCCUUGAGCACAGUAUGAUAAAUAAUUAUUAGUGCAACAGCAGGCCAACAUGUUCAGCAGUCAAAACAAAUGCUCUGAGCGUAUGCUGUGGUUCGACAGUCAGACGCAUUGUGGUGGAUCCUCAAACUGUUAUUUUGACUCUGGAGUUGUCUCAGCCACUGGCAGUGGAUAGUGUUUCUCCCCCAUCAUGCGAGCAAAGCUGAAGUAUGCUUCACAGUAUCUGUAAACCAGCUUGGUGGAGGCCAGAUGGUUUGUGGUAGCUUCAUUCCUGCUGAAGCCAGCAUGUGUGCUUUUUAACCACAGUGCUACUACUGUGGAGCAUUCCACCAGGGCAGUACAAAGAGCAUUUGCUAGUGUAGAAUCUGAGAUGUCAUUGUUGAAUACCUGUGUUUAAUAAUACUCCCAUCAUCCUGCAAAAUUUCUUGGAAUGGAAUGCUAAGGACUCAGCACACAGCUUUUGAAAAAGUGAUCAUUUCUGACAUUUACUGCUGGGAACAAAACUGCAAUAUUACAGUGUUUUUACAUUUCUACAAAUAUGGAAACAUGCAUAUGGAAUGAUUUUUAUACAUAAUAGGCAGGGAAUUCAUUAACAUAUAAAUGAAAUUAAUUAACACAAUGGCCCUCAUUUAUCAAGCUGGAUGCAAACGGAUUGAUUCAUAAAAUUGUUCAUAGGGGCAUUUGCACAAGAAUAGUGGUAUUCAUAACAAUCCAGUUAGGAAAAUCAGUUCGUAUCAGUGAGAGCCCUAUAAGGAGGCUGCUAAUGUGAACCUACUCUACACUAUUUAUAUAAGGAAUAUGUUAAAUAUCUUAUUUAUUUCAUUUACACACACAAAUUAAAUAAAAAUUUUGUGAUUGACAUUUCAUAGCUGCGGUAAUGGCUGAGCUGCAACACUCCUUUUAGGAGGUGCCCUUUCACCAUUUAGUCACUGGUAUUUUUUAACAUACAUAUGUGAGUACAAAGAAAAUUUACUGAAGCUUGACUUUUACUGAAUUUCACUGAAAUUUGUACAUCUGAAAUUUUUAGUUUAGGUGAUAGGAUUCAGCAUUUCGACAUCUAAAGUGCCAUUCUAUUAGGUUUGAUGUUUUUUCUUUCUUUCAAUAAACCUGUAAGUGGUUGAGCUCUGAUAGAUAUUUACAUUAAACCUGCUCAGAUAGCUUUGCAGUCUUAGAGUAAACACUGAAUAGGCCGUGCCUUGCUUUACAUCCUUCAAGAUUUUAAGACACAUGAAUAGGUUACACUUUGUUGCAUUCAAUUGAGCUCCAAAAAAUCUGUUUCUGCUUUGAAGAACGAUCCUGAACAUUAAUACCCACUGUCACUGAUAUCUACUUUUCGGGACAUUCAAAACUUUUAGAAUACUGAAAGAUAUUAGUGAUUAUUAGAUUCCAUUGCACUAGAGGGCAGUAUUUUAACGCAAUAUUUAUUUAAAGAAGUGCUUUUAUUUGUAUUUUUGGGUGGGGAGGGGGUCACUCGGAGCAAGAUUUAUGUUGAGGAGACUAUCAAAGUUUUUUGCUUUUCUUAAUGUGCUGUUUAUCUGUUAAAGAGGAACUGAAGCUUGCUAAAGACUGUUCAUAAACAACAUAGCCAUUGAGCACAGUAUAAUAAUAAAAAAAAAACUCUGUUUUGAAGAACAAUCCUGAACAUUAAUAUCUUCUGUUACUGAUAUCUACUUUUCAGGACAUUCAAAGCUUUUAGAACAUUGAAAGAGUUUACUGAUGAUUACAUUCCAUUGCACUAGAGGGCUGUAAGGACGGAGAGCAAGGGCAUUUAACUCUGACCUUUGAUCAUCGGGUUCUCUAACUCCACAGCCCUAUAGAGUUUCAGGUCCAUCCUAUUCCCAACAAACUAGUCUCAUUAGAUAAUUGUGAUUAUACACUCCAUAAGUAGGGAAAUGUUUAAAAUGCAGGGCAGCCGCGCUAUAAGUCUGAAAUUGAGAAACCCUGGGCUAGAAUGCUUGAACCAUAAUGGAAGAUGAAUAGACCUGAGCUCAUCUUUUCAAAUGGUGCCAAACAGUUCACUACUACCACUGCCUAAUGCAGUGCCCUGCCAUUUAGUCAGUAUACAGGAGCUUAUUUUUUAUUCCAUCUACCUGAUGUGUUUUUUUUCCUCGACCUGGCAGUGACAUUCUAGAUGGAAUACAUACCUAAGCCAGCAGGGUGACAUUCCAAAGUGCUAAACCCUAACAUGCAAUGCAUAAUGGAACCAUUGAAAGAGUGAACUCAUCUCCUCUGUAAAUCAGUGGGGGGAUUGAGGAAAUGGCUGUCUACACAGAGCUCAGGUGUAGGCCUUCCUGUUAUCUGCUAUUGGUUCUGCUUAGAUUUCCAUUAGAAAGGUACAAUAAGGGCUACAUAACAAGACACAUGAUUUUGCCAGGAUAGUGAAUUGUGAAAGUCCAAAAGUUGGCGGUUGAUGAUAAUCCAAUGUGAUUAUCAUGAAGGUGCACAGUCCCAGCACACAUGCUUAGGGUACAUUGGGUGCAGAGCACCAAAGCUGCUGGAUUGAAUCACCACUCAACACAGGAAGUAAUGGAAUGCAGUGGGUGAAACCGCAUGCUUCUUAUGUCCAAUGUUCUAGUGUCCGGUGUCUCAGACUGCUAGAACAUCUCAGUCCGUUCUUGAUUUUACUGUGAUCAUUUUUCUAGCUUGAACUGUCUAACAGUCUAAUAUACCUGAAUUACCCAGUCCCUCUAUUAAUGCAAGCAAGGAAACUUUAAAAAAUGUCUACUACCACAUGUGUUUUCUUCAUUACCACAUACCUGCAAAUGAUAGAAUGUGAGCUCUUACUUGCUUAUUUUGGGUAUAUUUAGCUUUUAAGAAAUCUUCAAGGAAAUUAUCAACACUGAUUUUUUUUCAAUUGUUUUUUAAGUAAAAGAAUGUUUACAAUAUUGAUGAUUGAUCUGCAAAAAUAUAACUUUUUUUAUACAUAGAAUGUAUAAUGUAUACACAGUUGUAAACUAUGGCCAGUUGUUGGUUGUUUUAUUGAUCUUGUUAACUGCCCACUGUAUUAUGUAGUCAAUAGGGUGCCUCUAAAAUUUAGAGCUAUACAGUUAACCAUUCAGAUUUACAUUUACAUUUAUUAAUUUGGUAGAAGCCUAUAUCCAUGGACACUUGGAGGGUAAGAGGUUUCCAAUCCAAGCUUAUUUUUGUGCAUUUGUUUAAUUAGAGUCUUGCACAAAAGUAGUAGCAGUCCUGUAUAUGAAAUCACAAAUGUCCGGUCACAAAUUCAGAAGCCCAAAAAUAACAAAAUCCUGAAACAUUUAACAAGGAAAAUAAAGUUAAUUAUAAUAAUUAAUACAACUUGUAAAAAUGAAUAAUGUCUAACAAACUACUGCAGUGAGUAUUUUGAUGGUCAAAGGAAUUUGUAUAUAAAAAGUGAAAUUUCUAUAUAUACAUGACAAUGUUUGACAGUCCAUAUUUCUGCUUUCAUUUUCUCAUAUUUACAUCUAAAUGUUUUAACUUAGAACAUGCCACUUUUUGUUAGAACCCACCCAUUUCUUCAAGUGAUAAAAAAAAAGGAAAAUGUGAUUGAUGUUUCUUGCUGCCCAGGUGUGCCCUGUUAAAUUAUUUAAAGAAUUAUUAGCUUGUUUAAAGAAUUAUUAGCUCUGAAGGUCUACUCUUGGUUUGAGCCUUAGGUUUAGCCUGUGAAGACUGCAUUUGUUGUUAAAAAGGAUAUAUCAACAUUUAGAUCAGAGAGCUGUUUAUGGGAGAAAAGUCAUUUUGAAGCUGAGAAACAAGGUAAAAUCUAUCAGAACCAUUCCACAAACAUUGGGCAUAGCUAAUACAACACUUUGGAAUGUCCUGAAAAGGAAAGAAACCACUGGUGUACUAACAGCCAAACAUUGAACAGGUCGGGUCUGCCAAGGAAAACAACAGCAGUUGAUGACAGAAACAUUGUGAGAGCUGUAAAGAAAAACCCCAAAACAACAUUUAAUGACAUCUUUCACAGGGCCAGUGUUAAUUUUCACAGCAAAUUUGGAUUUAGUUUUAGCCAGUCUUUUGACUAAAAUUCCAUUAGGUUUUAGUCAUAUUAUAGUCGUCUGCAUUGUUUUAGUUUUAGUCUAGUUUUAGUCGAUUAAAUAUCAUAAGAUUUUAGAUGACUAAAUCUACAGGAAAUUUAGUUGACUAAAAUCUAAUGGGUUUAGUUAAAGUGUAAUGCAUUAUUUAAGCAUUUCUCUUGAAUUUCCAAAUGCAUUUUCUAGGGGAAACAUCUAUUAACCUAUUAUUAUUAAUGGUAUUAAGAUUUGAAUGUGCAAUACAGACACAAAUUUAACUGUUGUGAUAAAUAACAUCUUAAUUUUAUCUUAAAAUUAAAUUAAACCAGUUCUCAUUUUUAUAAAAGACCAAAUUAGAUACGAAUUGUUUAUAACAACUUGCUUGACAUUCUACAUUCUUUCAAGCAGAAGUGUAACUAUUAAAUAUUAAAAAGAAAAACUGCAUUGGCUGUAAUCAGAGUUGGGUAUAGCGUGUUACAAAGUAACUGAACGUCAGCAAAAGAACACAGCAGUGUUGUAAUUUUAUAUCUUCACUGAACGGAAGUGAGACCAAUCAGACAGGGUUUACAGGAAAAUACGCGAAAACACUCGUGUCUUAUUGGCUGACACCUCUCAAUUCUGCCAAACGCUAGCUCACACAGUCAGUGUGAGGAAAAAUGGAUAUAUGCUGAUCUUUUUAAAAAAAAAACAAAAAAAAAACAGUAACAUCCUCUGAUGCUGAGCAGGAAAACAAGUUGAGUAAAUGUCUAUAUGACUUCCAGUUGAUAUGAGCAGAGCGUAAGGAAAGAUAAUGUACUUUGCAUGGCACUGUAGCAGCUAAACCCAUACAAUGAUAGCUUAGUUGUGCCUCCCCUUGGCUAGCGACACCAAACAAGCCUAGUUAUAAAAGUGUUAUAUUUUAUCGGUCUGGUGGUUCUACAAACAGUGACAACACCCGAGGCUAGUUAUAUGAUAAAUACAACUUUUUCUGAUCAUGUCAUACAUUGAUGUGUGCUAAAACUACUGAAAGAACUAUGAGUUUCACUUUGUAGUAUAUUUUUGUAGGUUUGAUAGGUUUUGAAAAUAUCUUGAAAUUAAAGUAAUUAGUAAUCUGAUUACUUUUUACAUGUAGUAAUCAGUAAUGUCAUCAAUUUAAAAAUUUAAAGUAGUAAUUUUUUUGAGUAACUUACCCAACACUGGCUGUAAUGCCAUACAUGCCUUGAUUGACUGUGCAGUGUGUGAGUGUGUUACUUCUUCAAGGGACAACAAUGUGUUCAGUUUUAUUUUGUUCAACACAAAGUAGCAUGAAAUAGGAAUGAAGCUGUCAGUCCUUUUUUUUGUCCACAAGCCAAUUGAUACUCUCUGGGCAGCAGUCCUGAUCUUCAUGAUUGGUAAUCCUGUGCCCCCAAUCCAUUUUGCAAUGGCCUCCUCCUUGUUCUAAUGUUCUUUGGAGUCACUUUUGUACUUUGAAGCACUUAGAAUAUUCUGCUGGGAUGCACUAGCUUUAUUUGCACUCAGUGGCCCAUCCUUGUCAUUGGAGGUCUUCUGUAUCUGUGAGGUUGAAUAAGGGGAAAUAAUCAAGUUCUGAUUUUUCUUUCUCACCCACUCCCCUCUCUCAAUAAUUCACACACACGCACACAACUCCAAGUUGUCUCUAUACUACACUUCUGCUUCUUUCUCCCAUCAUAUCUCACAUUAAGUGUACCACAUUUCUUCAAACAUGUAUUCUUAUUUUUCUUAUAUAUUUGUUUAAAUUUGAGGACACUUUAAACUUUACACUUAUCUUUAGCAUGUCAAUCAAUCAUUUAAUUUACAAUCUAAGAUUAGCAACUCUGUGUCACUUCUCUAAUAAGUACAGGCCAGCAGUGGUUUCUUUUGACUUGUAUUGUAUUUCAAGUUUAGCGAAAACACACCAGCUCGGGUUAGCUGAUAAAAUAACAUUAGCUUGAAAAAAAAAACAACAAAGUUUGCAUGAAUUUUUGGAUGACUCAUGUGCAAAUGUUGCUUCAAGUUUGUUAUGUUUUUAUUUGUGAAAUUUAUCUCUUUCUUUCAGACGUGGACAUUUCUGUACAGUUUAUGAGACAUGCAGCAAGUGUAUGCUAGCUGAUGUCCUGCCGGGUAGAUCAGUAUGUUGCUAUUCAGUUGUGUGAUCUAUCCUCCCUACCACACAAAGAGAUUAGUUCUGAAUGGAUUUCUUCCCAAAUUGUCCCUCCCUAACAUUUUCUUCUCAUUUUUAUUCAAUGUAUAGUGAAAACAAAAGAAUUGGCCUUGCUGUUCCGAUGCUUUUGGAGGAUACUGUAGUUCGCUAGCUAGAUGUGUCCUUUAUAGGCAACUUUUCAGUAAGAACAUGACUUAGAUAUCUAGCAUUAGAUAGCAAGUUUCUUGAUGUAAUUUUUAGACAGGCAAUGUUCGCUUGUUAAAGCACUAUAAAUUAGGCAUCUUAGCUAACUAACAAGCUAAACCUGUUAAAUUCUUAUUUGAUAUGACAAUUAGCUAUUUAGCUGAGAGGAAAUGGGCACUGCAAAGACAGAGCAUUUCAGACCAUUUAUCUCACCUGAUUGCCUGUAACCACAACUGUCUUCUGUUGACAUGGAAAGGUGUCCAAUUUAAAAGUAUAUAGUAAAAAAAAAGGGGUGGGGGGUGGAGUGUUUAUGAACACUUUCCUGAUUCUGACACUCAACAUGACAUUUUAGAAAAAAAUUCUGGUUUGCUGUUAAAAAUCACUAUAGUCUUCCACUAUGUUUCUGCAAUCAGGAGGUGUGACUGAGGUUACAGUGUCAUGUCUCAAUCUAGGGUUCUGGACAUCAAGGCAUGAUGCUCCUUUUUCCAAAGAAAGGAAUAGAGUUCAAACUGUCAGUUCAAACCUUGAGUAAUCUUUAGCUUCUAAGAAGUAGCUUUGUCUGGUGCUACUGAGUAAAUAAUGUUGCCCUUCUGCACUAUACACAUUUUAUGAUUCAAUUUUUUUUUUUUUUUAAUAAUAAUGUAUCUGCUGUGUAAUGAAUAUCAGCUGCAACAAAAGGUCUUGGCUCAGUAGGAAGGAACAUCUACAGCUGUGCUGGGAAUGAAUUUUUUUAUUUUUGUUAAUUGUUUGCAGAUUUCAUUUCUUUUUAUGUUUUUAAACCAUCUGUUAAAUGAAGAAAAAGACUGUUUUAUAAUGAC